UUACACAGCUGCUGUCACUUGUCAAGGGGCCAUAAAUGCACGUGAAGGAAAAGCUGUUUCUCACCAAGAAGUGGCUACAUAUCGGGAAUCAAGCUCAGAAAGUCAACAAACAAUUUGCCCCAUUGUUCUUGCAGGAACUCCCAUUCUAAUGGAUGUUUCAUUAUCAGCACCUGACUUUGCUUCAGAAUAGGCAAUAUUUCUGUUGAAGAUUUCCACCAUGGUUCCACCAAUCACCUGCUUUGCAAUUUCCUUUGUUUUGCCAAUACUUUUAAGUGAUGGAUAUAUGGACUUCCUCGCAAACCUUACAGCCGACCUUAAUCCGCCGACCAACCUCACGAUUGUGGAUAGACAGCUUGGGGAAGUGACAAUUUCUUGGAAUGAUGGCCUCAGUGAAAUCAUAAAGCAGCAUAGAUGCAUUAGAUAUCCAUUUGAAUACAAGUACUUUGAUUCUCACACUUGGCAAGAAGAUUCCAGGCUUCUGCAACCAGAAUAUAUGAAAAGAUUUGAAUUGCACAGGGGUGUUUACAUACGAGUUAAAAAUGUGCUUCUGGAUGAACACAAAAGAACAAUAAAAGAAAGCAACUGGACAGUAAUGGACAUUCAACCACCACCUGGUGAUCAAGAAACAUUGGCUUUCAAUUUCUCAUGUGUUCUCUAUAAUCAUUCAACCAUGAAUUGUACAUGGAACAGUGGCAGGCAAGCAGCAAAUGACACACAAUAUAAAAUGUAUUACAGACAGAAUGAUGUAACUCUGCAGUGUACUCAUUAUAUGGAUGUCGAUGGGAAAAAGGGAUGCCACAUUGAACCAGGCACAGUUGAUGUCGAGGAGAACAUUCUGAUAUGUGUCAAUGGAUCGAAUAGUUCAAGAACGAUUCAACAAUAUUAUACAGAAUUUGACCCACAGGAAUAUGAGGUUUACAACCCACCAGUAAACCUUGAGGUUUUGCCAAACCUGACAGUGAAGUGGGACAUGCCUCCCGCCUAUGAUAUUAAUAUUCAUUGCUUUGCGUUUGAACUGAACGUCACCGAUCUGGAUCAGGGUAGAACUGAGCUCUUCACUUGCCGGUAUGAAACAAAGUAUGUCCUUGUAAACAUCAACCCCACAACACGUCACUCUGUGAAAGUAAGGAUGAAAUUGAAGUAUUGCAAAGAAACAAAAUUCUGGAGCAACUGGAGCAAUGAGGAUUUUAUCGAACCAGUCCAAAUGUUUAACGUUUAUUGGAUGCUGAUUAUAUUGGCCGUAUUGGUAAUGGUGGUAGGAUUGAUUCUAAUGCUUGCAUUCAAAAGUUACAGCAUGUUGGAACUUGUACUCAAACCAAUCCCCAGUCCUCAAAAGAAGUUCAAAUCAUUAUUUGACGAAUACAACGGUGAUUUCCAGAAUUGGAUGAACUGUCAGGUACCAGUCUCAAACGUUGAUGAGUGCCUUCCAGUUGUCAUUGAAGAAAGUCCCCAAACUGAAGAAUUAGGAAGCUUUCACUGCCGCCAAUCCAUGCAUCUGCCAUAAUCCUGAGUGUAACAACCUGUGUUUGGAAUGCUUUAUUUCUCCCAUGGCUUGUCCGUUGCGAACUGCUCAGCAUUGUCAAUCAAGAUUUCCUCAUAGCUCAGGAUUAGUUCUGAUGCCCUAUCAGACUGAAUUCUCAUGAUCCUAACUUAUAAAUAGGUGGGUGAAGAAAUUAACAGGGAAUUACUUUUGAAUGGUACCUUGGCAGAGUCUCAUGAGUAGAGAGGUUUCCCAGAGAUGGCUAAUGGAGCCAGCCAGCCUAUUCACAUGGACAAGGCUGCCAAUGGAGACAGUAAAGAGGCCUUCGUGUGGUACAGCUUUCCUGGAACAAAGGCUGGCAAUUUAACAGAGGCUGAUGUACAGGCAGCCUUCAGAGUAAGGGGCCUCAUAUUGGUUAUAGAGAGAUAUGGGCAGGGAAAGCCACAAUGGGGCUAAGACUGAUGCAGAACAUAGGCUUCUCCUAAAUUACAACUCAUUGAUCGCUACAGAUUAAGUGCAGAACCACAAUAGAUGUACAUAGAUCCCUGAAAGUUGCCACCCAGCUUGAUACGGUUGUUAAGAAGGCAUGCAGUGUGUUAGCUUUUAUUGGUGAAGGAGUAAGUUUUGGAGCCGUGUAGUCAUGCUGCAGCUUUACAAAACUCUGGCGCAGCCGCACUUGGAGUAUGGCGUACAGUUCUGGUCACUGCA